GCCGGGAGCGGAGAGUGGAGGAGCCGGGAACUUCCGGAGCCCGCCUGAGACAUGUCGGAGACGCCGGCCCCGUGCGGCGGCAUCAAGCAGGAACGGAUUUCAUAUACACCUCCAGAGAGCCCGGUGCCCAGCUACGCUUCCACAACACCCCUUCAUGUUCCAGUGCCCCGGCCGCUCAGGAUGGAGGAAGACUCGAUCCGCCUGCCCGCGCACCUCCGCCUGCAGCCCAUCUACUGGAGCCGGGACGACGUAGCCCAGUGGCUCAAGUGGGCCGAGAACGAGUUCUCCUUACGGCCCAUCGACAGCAACACGUUCGAGAUGAACGGCAAGGCCCUCCUGCUGCUGACCAAAGAGGACUUCCGAUACCGUUCUCCGGGCUCGGGCGACGUGCUGUAUGAACUGCUCCAGCACAUUCUGAAGCAGCGGAAGCCCCGGUUCCUCUUCUCCCCCUACUUCCACCCGGGAAACACAAUGCACACCCAGCCGGACGCCAUGCUGCACCAGAACCACGAGGAAGAUAACUGUGUGCAGAGGACGCCGCGGCCGUCGGCGGAGAGCCUGCACCACAACCCCCCCACCAUCGAGCUCCUGCACCGCUCGCCCAUCACCACCAACCACCGGCCUUCGCCCGACCCCGAGCCGCGGCCGCUGCGGUCCCCACUGGACAACAUGCUGCGCCGCCUGUCCCCCGCCGAGAGGGCGCCGGGGCCCCGGCUGCACCAGGACAACCACCACCAGGAGGCCUACCCCCUGUCGGUAUCCCCCACGGACAGCAACCACCGCUCGCCGCCCUCCGAGGCCCACGUCAAGCCCAGCAGCCCCCGGCCCGAGAACGCCCGCGUGAUCCAGCUGAUGCCCAGCCCCAUCAUGCACCCCCUGAUCCUCAACCCCCGGCACGCGGUGGACUUCAAGCCGUCGCGGCUGUCCUCGGAGGACGGGCUGCACAGGGAGGGGAAGCCCAUCAACCUGUCGCACCGCGAGGACCUGGCGUACAUGAACCACAUCAUGGUGUCCGUGUCCCCGCCAGAGGAGCACGCCAUGCCCAUCGGGAGGAUAGCAGCAGGGAACCACCUGCCGCCCGGCCCGGCCCCACUGGGUGCCAACUGCGCCUUAGUCACCGAGAGUAAUCACCCGGAAAGCCCGCGGGCGCUGCCAGGGCCCCGCUAG